AUGGCGGCGUUAUUAUACGAUCCUGGAUCGGUCAGUUUUGCCAUGGAGGACAGUGUGUGUUACGGAGGCACGCAAAUACAGUCACAGGAGGUCUCGCUACUGUCCCAUCUGAAGAAGAUGGAUAACCACAUCAGUGACGCACAGAGCUUCUCGCACCUCCCCAAACGUUCUGCUGUGGACCUGGAGUUCUCCGACCUCUCCUACACGAUCAGCGAGGGACCGUGCUGGAGGAAACAAAGUUACAAGGCCUUACUCAAGGGUCUCUCUGGGUGGUUCUGUAGCCGGGAGCUGAUUGGCAUCAUGGGGCCUUCAGGAGCUGGAAAGUCCACUUUGAUGAACAUCCUGGCUGGCUACAGAGAAACUGGAAUGACUGGACAAAUCCUGGUCAAUGGAAAGCCCAGAGAUCUUCGCACCUUUCGCAAAAUGUCCUGUUACAUUAUGCAGGAAGACAAACUGCUGCCCCACCUUACAGCUCAAGAGGCCAUGAUGGUGUCCGCCAACCUGAAACUCACUGAUAGCGCUGAAGUGAAAAAAGAACUGGUUCGAGAGAUUCUGACAGCUCUUGGACUUCAGGCUUGUGCCCAUACUCGCACCGUCUCUCUUUCUGGAGGGCAGUGUAAGAGACUGGCCAUUGCCCUUGAGCUGGUGAACAACCCUCCAGUUAUGUUCUUUGAUGAGCCCACAAGUGGUCUAGACAGCGCCUCGAGUUACCAAGUAGUCUCACUGAUAAAAUCUCUAGCCCAGGGAGGACGCACCAUAAUCUGUACCAUUCACCAGCCCAGCGCUAAACUCUUUGAGAUGUUUGAUAAGCUUUAUAUACUGAGUCAGGGCCAGUGUAUAUACAAGGGUUCUGUGCCAUACCUCAUUCCUUAUCUAAGAACUCUGGGUUUGCACUGUCCCACAUAUCACAAUCCUGCCGAUUUCAUCAUUGAAGUGGCAUCAGGAGAGUAUGGUGAUAUAAACCCAGUUUUAUUUGAAGCCGUGCAAGGUGGAAUGGCUAGUAAUGAGGUGGACUCAGCACAUGUGGAGAGUCAUACAUUCGCAACAAGCAGUUUGACUCAGUUCUGGAUCCUCUUCAAGAGAAGUUUCAUAACAACAUGCAGAGACCAAGUGUUGACACACUUACGGUUGAUGUCACACAUUUUUAUUGGAGUGCUGAUAGGACUGCUAUACCUCAACAUUGGCAACGAUGCCAGUAAAGUGUUCAACAACACUGGAUUCCUUUUUUUCUCUAUGCUGUUCCUUAUGUUUGGAGCCCUAAUGCCUACAGUGCUUACAUUUCCACUGGAGAUGUCAGUGUUUCUGAGAGAACAUCUGAACUACUGGUACAGUCUAAAGGCCUUUUAUCUAGCCAAGACAAUGGCAGACAUUCCAUUCCAGGUAAUUUGUCCUAUUAUGUACUGUAGUAUAGUGUACUGGAUGACCGAGCAGCCCCCAGAGGCCAGUCGCUACUUACUCUUUAUUGCCCUGUCCAUUUGCACUGCUCUAGUAGCUCAGUCCCUGGGUCUCCUCGUGGGUGCUGCUUCCACCUCACUUCAGGUGGCCACAUUUAUUGGUCCUGUCACAGCCAUUCCAGUCCUUCUUUUAUCAGGUUUCUUUAUCAACUUUGACACCAUUCCAAAGUACCUGCAAUGGAGCUCUUAUGUUUCAUAUGUUCGAUAUGGCUUUGAGGGGGUCUUACUCUCUAUCUAUGGAAUGAACCGCUCUGAACUUGAAUGUCCCGGAAACGUCUGCAGGUUUCAAAAACCAGAAGAAGUGCUACAGUUGUUAGAUGUACAGGAUGGCAAGCUCUAUAUGGACUUCAUCAUACUAGCCAUUUUCUUUACCAUUUUCAGAUUCGUCACGUACCUGGUGCUGCGGUACAAAAUUAAGUCUGAGCGAUGA